ACAAGUGAUGGAUGGGGUUACUCGUCCAAUUCUUUUAUAUUUUCCCUCAUCAACAAAGAAGGACUGGCACCAUUCAAGAGCACGGUGAAAUACCCAAAAUACGCAAUUUAUAGGCACAGAAGUUAUGGUCCAACAUUUGGUGGAGGACACGAAAUCCACAUUAGCAAAAAUGCCAACAGUAACACUAAGUCAUACACAAACUUUGGUGGUGGGUACUACUCAUUGCCAAGUGGAGUACAGAACAAGCAAACAAUCCUUGUUGGGUCUUACAGCUUCACACCCGAUGAGGUGGAAGUAUUUUAUCUCACCUGA